UAGCAUGUCUCACGUUAACCAGCUUCUCUCCAAACUGGACACUCCUGUGGUAAAGGAACUAUCCGCAAAUCUGCGGAGACGCCAGCUGCUGAGAUGGAGCGCUCCUCCCUGAUUUCAAGUGGGUUUCCCUGCCCUGACAGGUGAAUCCAGGGCUUUGGCUGCCCUUUGGAAGGGGACAAUGGGUUCGCUGCCAUGUGCUUAUGUGCGCUAUCACAGAGAGGUGUGUGGAAAGGUAGUCCCCGAGGAAAGCAGUCAGUGUGCCUUAAUGAGAUGAGUUUGUUGCCACCUUAAAGCCCAUCACCUUGGACUGACUGGUCUGGUUCUUUCUUGCCUCUGAGGCCUCCCCAGGAAAGCAGAGCUGCUGACUCCUAAUGCAACAAAAGGGCUCUAUAAUUGCUGUAGCAAGGGCGAGUAACACUGCUCUGUGGCUGUCUUUUCUUGUGCCUGCCUCUUCUGCAUGUUAGGAUAUAUGUACCAAAAAAAAUCUUGGCUGUCCCGCAGUAGGUUUCAACAGAUACUGACUUGACAGUUUCUUUCAUUGCAGAAUGUUUAAAAACGUGGGUUUCAGUAGACACUGUCAAGACUAAUCUACACUUUCCUCUGGGUUAAUCUGUUGUGACUGGUUUUGGGUGUUGAUGGAAUAGGAGAUGAUGUGUUAUAUAGCUUAAAUAUAGGGUAAAGAUGUAAAAGUGUUUCUACCCAAGUAGGGUUUUUUUAAUGAGUCUGGGAGCCUGAGGCUUUUUAAUGAAUCUGUAACUCCCUGUAGGUUCAACUUAAGCUUGGUCAAUGGUUGCUUCAUAUAUGUUUCAGGUAUCUGUGGAGUUGUGGAUUGUUUUCUUUUUGUUUCUCUGUAAACUCUGCAGUCGAGUAAAACGAGACUUGGACUCAGUUCAUCUUGUGCUACAGAAUGGCCUGUAAUUAGUGUAGCAUGUCUUGCUGGUUGCACCUCAGUGAAUGAUACUGAUACUAAGCAGACUAUCUUGUGUAGCAUCUCAAAGCAUGUUUUUUUGUGUAAAGUGCUUUAGUAUUUGCUGACUUUGCUGUUCCUCAGAUUGCCUGGGGGCAAAGUGGUGGGCAUUUCUUUGGAAAGCAGAGGCAGACUGUGGUCUUGUGAGGCUCUCCUGUGCAGGUUAUGUCCAGGGUGUCUCUGCACCCCCUUUCCUGAGAAAUGCCUGUCCCUAUGACACGUGUCAGUAGAUAGGUACGUUUUUCUCACCUCUCUUUCCUAAUGUCAGUCCAUAGUUCUAGUUCUUCAUUGGAGGUUUGGCAGUUGGCCAAAGGCAGCUCCUGCCUUCCCCAGUGUAUCAUUUGGGGCUGACCGCCUGUCUCCCAGUAAAUCAGUGUCACUGUAUUGAUCAGGCCAUAAGGUGCUACUAGGCGGCAUUUCUCCUCCCAUCCCAUGGCAGCAGAAGUGCCAGCAGAAACCAGGUGUUUUCUGAGAGUGAUGCUGUUGUUUGGGGACCUUUGUUUUUGCUGAGCUUGGAACUGGGCUGGUUGCUUCCCCGGUUGGAAGGUGCUUGCAAGUUUCUGGUGCUUCCCCUGUUUUAAGGGGUGAAGCAGGUAGAGAGCCCUCCUGGGCACCUCAGAGAUAUCAGCUGGCCUGGAAAUGGGAAUGGCAUGGCCAAAGACUAUGCAUGGGACAUGAUACAGUGUGUUUUCAUUUUGGGGUCUUUUCUUUCACAGCUGUGAUCCUUGAAUACCAAAUGCCUGCUGAAUGAAGUUUUUUGAUGCAGGGAACCAAACUGGUUUUGGAAGAAGUCUGAUUUGUUUAUGACUCUACCUGGUAUUGCAGUAUUCACCUCCCCACAGCACCUUCUGCAUCUUUUCAGGCUGACUACUUGAAGGUGGCAGACUUCUGAUUCUUCUCAUCCCAUGCCUCUCCCUGGGAAGAAACUAAUGUAAAUGCAGGUGACCAUGCAGAAUGCAGUUCAGGUGUGGUUUGGUGAUGACCUUCCCUUAAGUCCCCGAAGUCCUCUGACUCCCAGACAUGGGCCAGGUUUGGCAGAUGUGUGCUUGUAUGACCAGUGGAUAUCUGUGCGGCAUGAAGCAACUUUGGUGCCUAUGCAAGAAGAUCUGUCGAUCUGGCUGUCUGGCUUACUGGGAAUAGAAAUCAAAGCAGAACAACUGCUAGAAGAACUUGAUAAUGGGGUACUACUCUGCCAAUUGGUUGGUGUUCUUCAAAACACAAUUAAAAAAUGUUGUAGCUCAAAUAAUUUAAGGAAUUUUCCUAUGAGAAAAGUUCCAUGUAAGAAGGAUGCUCCAUCAGGAUCGUUUUUUGCCAGAGAUAAUACAGCCAACUUUCUUAACUGGUGUAGAGCCAUUGGAGUUGACGAGACUUAUCUCUUUGAAUCAGAAGGCUUAGUUUUGCACAAGGAUCCAAGACAAGUGUAUCUUUGUCUGUUGGAAAUUGGGCGCAUUGUAUCCAGGUAUGGAGUUGAACCUCCUGUACUAAUAAAACUAGAGAAGGAAAUUGAACUAGAAGAAACGCUGCUGAUGACUGCUGGACCACCAUCACCUAUUAGCACAGAAAAGUCAUGUUGUCACCAUGGGGAGCUACAUGAGGCAGUUAAACAUAUAGCAGAAGAUCCUCCCUGCAGUUGUUCCCAUCGAUUUUCAAUUGAGUACUUAUCGGAAGGACGUUAUAGACUGGGAGAUAAAAUACUCUUCAUACGAAUGCUACAUGGCAAGCAUGUGAUGGUACGUGUUGGUGGAGGCUGGGACACUCUUCAAGGUUUUCUGCUUAAAUAUGAUCCAUGCAGAGUGCUUCAGUUUGCAACUCUGGAACAAAAAAUACUGGCCUUUCAGAAAGGGGUCACCAGUGACAGUGCCCCCAACUCGUCAGCUAGAAUUCAGGAACCUCCUGUUAUGAAUCCAAUGUCAGCUGUCAAUAUGUUUCAAAAUCAGCCAUCAAAACCCCCAACUCCUGUUUCAGCUCUUGGGGCCAGUGCCAAGAAGGCUUUAGCUAAGCGUCCUCAGUCCCCUGCCCUGGCAUCGCCAAAAGUGCCAGUGCCCCCAUCCCCCACAUCAAAGUUGUUGCCCAUCAGGUCCAAAUUACAGGGGUCUUCAGCAACAGGCCUUCAGUCCCCUUUCAGACCAUUAGCUGGCAUCUCAAAGAAACUGGAGUCUCCUGCACACAACUUGCCAGUUUCUGCUCCUUCACAGCCUCCAAACAAAAGCUCUUCAUCUGCAGGAAUGAGAACAGCUCUUGUUCACUCUGAAACAUUGCGUAAACGUAUUCGGUCCCCUGAUGCUCCCAAGGUGAAAUUUGCCCUGCCUCAGAGCUCCCUCGUGCCAGGGCUACAUCCUGUGCUCUCAUCCUCUAAAACACAGCCAUCUCGCUUGCCUGGGACAGCUGAAACAAUGUCUUCAAAACAGAAGCACGUCCCUGCUAAAUGCAAACCUGUAUCUGUCACUAAAACCAAAGUGAAUUCUGUUGCUCAGAGGGCUGCUCAGCUGCCUGUUACAAAUCUCUGUGCUGUUGCCAAGUUUGCACAUUCUCAGCAGCUCCCUGCAAAACCUCCUGGAAAUGCUAUUCAUACGUCUGGAACUGAGACUCAGCAUCCUCGGAAACCUCCACAAACAGUUUCUGACCUUGCAAGGAACCUGAAAAGUGCUUCAGUCCUAAAACACUCAGCUUCUGUACCUUCCCUUGCAGUUAGUAAAGCAUCAAAGUCACCACCUACAAUGGUAUCAAAGAGCAAAAAUGUAUCAUCAGCUGUCAAUAAGCAGCCAGAUGUCAGUCAACCCCCUCGGGUUGGACCCACUUCAUUUAGGCCUCCUGAACGCACUCCCUUAUCUGUUGUACGGCUUCCUCAAACUUCGGCCAAAGCGGCAGUAACCAAAAAAAAGCCAGAGCAGCCUUCCACAAAAAGUCAGCCUUCAACCAAAAACUUGCAAGUAAAUGAAAGCUUGGCCCCAGCAGCCAAGAAGCCUCUCCCUAAGGGAAAAUCAGCAACGGCAUGUAACAAAGGAACGCCUGGUGUAUCAAAAGGUCCUUUUACAAAGAGCAGGCAAGAUGAUCACUAUUUUGUUAUGACAGGGAGUAAAAAACCCAGAAAGUAAACUUAUUUCUUACUUUCUGUGGAAGUCUUAGAUGGGCGUCUUGUAUCUGCUAUACUGAGGACAAGGAAAAAAGUUAAAUAACACUACAUUUACCAUGAAAUAUUAGGUAUAACCUACAUUUUGCUGCAUAACUUCCAGCAAGAAAUGUAUUUAUUUUGUAGUUUAGAAACUUCUAUUUGGAUAUAUUUAAAAGUGAGCUUGCUUGCUGUGUAGCACUAUGGGAUAGACAAUAUCACUGUUUGCUGCUAGCCUGACCUGCUGUGGGGAAGGCAGGAGGGAGGAAAGGGGAGCUAGGGCUGCUGCUUUUGCUGCCGCUCAUUUUCAUGGAGCAAAGCCUGCCCAAGGAACAUCUACCCAGGGCAAAGCGUGAGUGAUUCUGGCGGUUCUGGCACAUCUACAUCAAGGCCCAUGGCAAGCAAUACAACUGUGUGCAAGCUGUAAAAUUUCUAAUACCUCAAACAAAACUAUGGUUUUUGAAGUUCACCAGCAUUGUAGAACCAAAAUUUGGGUCAUCUGCAUGUAUGAGAAAGAAAUCUCUAGUCAUGUUUAGAUUUCAUAGCUGCCUUUAUCAGUGUUCACUGUGUCCCCCAUAUGCCUUAAAGUGGAUUCAGCUUGCUUGGAACUGAAGUCAUCUUGGUUUGUGUCAAGUUGGACAUGGAAAAUCCUAGCCUUGAUUGCUCACUCUCAUUGUGCCUUAGCCUCUCAUAGAUCUCUUCAUUGAGCAAUGCUACUUUUAAAACCCUGGGCAGAUAACCUUGCUUAGUUCAUGUUUAAAUCUGACUAUAAAUGAGCCCAUUCUUUCCUAGAAAGAAAGCUCUCGCUGCAUGGAGAGAAGCUCCUGAGUUGCUGGGAGGGUGCCUUCCCCUGGGAUGGAGCCCCAAAGCAGCUCUAGCUCCAGUAACACAUUACUGCAAGUACUGACCUGCACUGACAGAGUCUUAGUGCUCUGUGGGAGCAACCUUUACAUGUAAAAAAGAAUUGCUAAAUACUACUCUCAGCGCUACAAGUUGUUUUUUGUGGGCAGUCUUAGUCUGCAGUGAUCUUUAUUAUUUUAUUUAUGGAGACCUUACUGUCUCUCCUAUAUUACUUUCUGGAGUUGAGGAGUAGUUUCCCAAAGAGGUAAUGAGGGACUGCAUUUGCUUUAAACAUCUGAAGAUGCCAGAAAACUAUGCACUGUUUAUGCCCUCAACUCCUGAAGGCUUUCAGUGGGUUUGACAUCUUUGGUGCUCAACACCUUUAACCUGAACAGAAAUGAGUCUUAUGGUAGAUUAAUAAAAACUACUGUCUCUGAGAGUAGUGUUGUUUGGGUUAUUUUGGGUUUAAUGAACAGUCCUUCCUGCAGACACUGAGGAGCUCUCAGGGUCUGUGAACACACUGGUGACUUAAACACACCAUCACUUCUGCUCUCUGUUCCCAGGAUAUUUACUUAUGGGUAGGAGAAGAGCUGCAUGGAAACUGCAGUUUCUGAAAUUAUAUAUUUAAUAUGGGGUUUUUUUCCCUAGAACUAGAGUAAACAAGUAUCAUAAACUGAGUUCUCAUGUGCAGUGGCAAAGUCAUUGAGCUGCCUUUCUGAGCACCUUGUUAGCUUUUUUAUUUAUGAUUAUUUAUGCAUAUCUACUGUACAGUACUGCUUACAACCUGCUGGGAGUAAACAGUAAACACCAAUAUCCAAACUGUAGGAAGAGAACAGAUCUGUUUUAAUAACAUGGACACAAGUCCCUCAAGCUCACAUACAAAGUUGUAUGUUUGGGGAAGGCCUUUGGCUUACUUGCUUUAUAAAUAUACUGGUCAAAGCCACUACUUCAAAUGUUAAGAACAGUAUUGACUGUAGUGGACUGCUUUCAGGUUUGAUAAAUUUGGCACACAAUUUCAUAUGCUAAAAGCAUUUUACAGUAGAUGACUUUGCUUUUGAUUUUGGACUUCCAAAUAGUGAGUUACCAUGCAGUAUAUCUCAUGCAUAUUAAUAGCUGAAUUCUUACGGUUUCUUUCUGUACUGGCUCUGGCUGAGAUAGAGUUAGCUUUCUUCGCAGUAGCCCUUAUGGUGCUGUGUUUUCAGAUUUGUGACUAAACCAGUGUUGAUAACGCACCAAUGGUUCAGCUGUUGCUGAACAGUCCUUGCCCUGGGUCAAGACUUUCUUUUCACUGCUGUGCCCCCACAGUAAGUAGGCUGAGGGUGGGCAAGAGAUUGAGAUGCAGCUAGGACAGCCAACCUGAACUGGCUGAAGGGGUAUUCCAUAUUGUGUAUGGCGAUUUGUCUUUUUUUCUUUCCUUCACUUACUAAACUGUCUUUAUCUCAGCCUGAGAGUUUUCUUGCCUUUGCUGCUCUUCUGUUCCUUGUCUUGCUGGGGAUGGAGGGAAAAGUAAGUGAGCGAGCAGCUGUGUGGGGUGCUCAGCUGCUGGCUAGGGUCAACCCACAAUACCUUUGGAACUGUUUACAAGGUUUGCAGUAGUAAUUUAAACACUGAGGCUUUUGGAUCUCAGUGCAAAGGUAUCUUAACAUCUACCUUUUUGAACUAUAACUUCAGAGAAAAUGAAGCAGAUGGCUUCAUCUUUGUGAUUUGCUAUCUCAUGUAAUAGACUGAAUUUUAUGGUUCAAAAUGAAAUAAAAGUUAUAAGUUUUUUACAGUUGAAAAUUAGCUAGUCUGAAGAUAGGUCACCUGUUAAAUGUGGGUAGGCUUGAUUUUCUUACAAAAAAUAUAUUUGAACAUGGUUCAGGCUGUGAAUAUUGCAGUCUCUAACUUCAUAGUUAUAUUCUGACUACCGGAGUCAUGUAACUUGAGGUGAACCAAGAAUAAGAUGUAACAAAGUACCUCCUAAUGGAAAUACAUACUCUUUUUGCAGUGUUUACAUUGCCAAAUAGCAAGUCUAAUAUUCAGCUUCUAUUAGUUUUUGUAAGGGAAAGAUAACUUGGAGCAAGAAUCUGACUGAAUUCUCCAUGUGUUAUCGAUGUCCUGUAUGAGUACUUACUGUAAAUAAACAUAUA